AAAAACAAAGACACGAAGAGAUGGCAAGAAACUCACAACCGGAACCAACUGACAAGGAAAUCGAAAAAUGGAUAUCAACAGAAGUCCAGAAAUUCGACAACCUCGGCGGAGUAAGUAACAUAACAACUCAUCGAAUAUUCCUCAAGGACGAUAGACCAGUCAAACAGCGGUACUACCCAAGGAACCCAGCACAAAUGGAGAUCAUCAACAGGGAAAUAAACGAGCUGAAACGUCAGGACCUAAUAGAACCGUCACGAAGUCCAUACAGCUCACCAAUAGUCUUAGUCAAGAAAAAAACAGGGGAUUGGAGACUAUGCGUCGACUACAGACUACUAAACGAAAAAACCGAGAAAGACGCAUACCCGGUACCACGGAUGGACUUCAUAUUAAACCAACUAAGAGAGGCUAAAUUCAUCAGCACACUAGACCUAAAGUCAGGCUACUGGCAGAUUCCGAUGGAGAGGCAAAGCCGACAGUACACAGCCUUCACAGCACCUGGGCGAGGCUUAUACCAAUGGAAGGUAAUGCCGUUCGGACUCACCACAGCACCCGCAACGUUUCAAAGGGCAUUAGAUUCGGUUAUAGGACCAGACAUGGAGCCGUUCGCUUUCGCAUACCUAGACGAUAUAAUCGUCAUUGGGCGAACGAAAACAGAACACAUGCAGAAGCUUCAGGAAGUGCUGAACCGAUUAAGGAGAGCAAACUUACGCAUCAACGCAGCGAAAUGCCACUUCUUCCAACAGAAGUUGAAAUACCUGGGACACAUGGUGAGCGAGGAAGGAAUACACACAGAUCCGGACAAAGUAUCAGCCAUCAGAGAACUGGUUGCACCAACAACACUAAAACAACUACACAGUUUUCUGGGGCUAGCAUCGUGGUAUCGAAGGUUCGUACCGACCUUCACCGAGAGAGCGAAGCCACUACAAGAACUACUGAAGAAAGGACAGAAAUUUACGUGGGGAGAAGCCCAAGACAGUGCUUUCAACGAUCUGAAACACUGUUUAACAGAGGCACCCAUUCUGGCCUGCCCAGAUUUCCGAAAAACCUUUAUCCUACAAACGGACGCAAGCGAUUGCGGACUAGGAGCGGUUUUAACACAGGAGGAUGCAGACGGAGAACACGUAAUCUCAUACGCAAGCCGCAAGCUAAAAAACGAGGAAACUAAAUAUUCCGCUACAGAGAAAGAAUGUCUCGCCAUCUACUGGGGAAUUCACAAAAUGAGGAUGUACCUCGAGGGAUACCAGUUCGUAGUGAUAACGGACCACUUAGCCCUGAAAUGGUUAAAUUCCAUCGAAAGCCCAUCCGGCCGAGUGGCAAGAUGGGCGUUGGGACUACAACCAUUCACAUUCGAAAUACGCUAUCGGAAGGGGAAGCUCAAUGCAGUGGCGGACGGAUUAUCCCGCUUACCACGCGAAGAGGUGAGAAUCACAGAGCUGGUGGAAUGCGCUUGGUACGAAUCAAAAUGGAAACAGAUACAAACAAACCCGAAAAUAGCAGAAGACUACACUAUAAAACACGGACGAUUAUACCGACACAUACCAAGCCAAACGGAUGAAGACAUCCAACCAUGGAAGCUGUGCGUGCCAAAACAAGAAAGGCAUAGGGUAUUAACGGAAAACCAUACGAACCCAACGGCAGGCCACCUAGGGAUACGACGCACAAAAAUAAGGAUCCGACAACGAUAUUUUUGGCCAGGGAUAAGCAGAGAUGUAACAAAGUUCAUCAGGAAAUGUGAAAGCUGCCAAAAAUUCAAAAUAUCGCAACAAGCAGCGGCGGGAAAAAUGCUAACAAAAAUCGCAGAUGCCCCGUGGGAAACGAUAUGUGUCGAUUUCGUAGGACCACUACCAAGAACAUCACACGGGAACACAAUACUCAUCGUAUUUAUCGAUAAAUUUUCGAAAUGGAUAGAGGUGACACCAGCGAGGAAAGCAACCGCCGAUACAUUCAUAAAAGCGUUCCGAGAAAAAAUACUAGCACGAGGAGGAACACCAAAACAGCUGAUAUCAGACAACGGCGUGCAAUUCACGAGCAAAAAAACCAAACAGAAUCAUGGACAAAUUUAAUAAUAGCGCACGGAAUUUCAAGAAAAAAAUGGAAGAAAGUAAGGCGAAACAACGCAAGGUGGAGGUCAUACCACCGCUACCACAGCUAGGAGGAAGGAUGAGGGUGUCCGGCACCAAAGUUGUGGCACCACAAAGAACAGCAAAAGCCAGCGAGACCACGACCAGUCCAGCAACCAUGGCACUAGAGGCGGCAGGGACCGAAGAGACCAGGAAGAAAAGAAUAAGCUGGGCCAACAACACCAGACCCGAGCCGGCUCAACCAAGGGCCAAUAAGCGGGUCAGCUGGGCACGACAAGUAGAGCAGGAGGAAAUAGACAACGAUAUAUUGGACAUCGGAGGACCAGCCAAUAGUCAAAACACAGAAGUACGGAGGACGAAUCCAACACCAAACACGGCAUCUCAGGGUCGACCACCACGAAAAGCAGAGGCACAGACAUCCGGCCAGGAGACAACAAAGACCAACAAAACAUGCAUAAAGGCCGCCAUACCCAGCAACUGGGAGGUUCCCCAGGGGUGCGAGCUCAGCAAAAAUCAAGUGGCAACCAUCCAGCGAGCGAUCGAUGACCGAAAAAGCCACCACCAAAGACGAUUCAAGCUGUGGAGCGAGGAAAUACCAGACCGGGCAUGCUGGGUGAAAAUCGGCAGAUCGGGAGACGUGCGUCUAGGCAGCUGGUUCAACGCAGCGGGGUCAUCCGGACGACCCACCCAAGAAGGGGAGGGGGGAGUGUGACGCCCAGCGCCAAGCGUCACAACAAAAAAACAACAACAUUCCGCGGAGGAUUAUGACAUUAUUAUUUCAUUAUUCAUUAUUAUUCAUUAUUAUUAUUGUUAUUCAUUAUUAUUCAGUAUAACCGUUACUUAGACUUAAGAGAAACAAUAUGAAGGAUAAUUUAAUUAAAAAAAAAGAGAAAGCAAGCAAAAACAACCUGACGUUUAAAUGUUACCAGCGAUCAGAACCACACGGCCACACUACAAAAUUUAAAUCUUCGCGCCGACAAUGUUGCCAGCGAUCAGAACCACACGGCCACACUACAAAAUUUAAAUCUUCGCGCCGACAAUGUGACCAGCGAGCAGAACCACACGGCCACACUACAAAAUUCAAAUCUACGCGCCAACAGUGUGGCCAGCCCUCCGAACCAAACGGCCACACUAGCAGCUGAUCAUAACCACGCGUUAGUACCAGAGACCGGAGCCAACAGCUGACUUUUGGCAAUAAAAGCAGCCGCAACAGAGCCAUCAGCACCAUUCCAUUCUUGGACUGCCAAGGGUUGAUUCGCUCCCCAAGGCUUUUGGUAAGCAUUGAUUGCUGUGGUUCUUAGAGCGUACGAUUCCUCUAUAACCCCACUAUCCCUGCUAUAUACCGUCCAUUUCUUUGGAAUACAUUGAUCACCGUGGUAGAGCGUACGAUUCCUCUACCCGGUAAUCUUUGCUGGUCUUCUUCCGAUACAUUUUUUGGAGUGCAUUGUCCUCCGGCUUUCCCCUUCCUACUCAGAGCGCAUUGUCCUCUGUCUCCCCAACCUUCUCCUCGGAGCGCAUUAUCCUCCGCAACGAACACUUCUCCUCGGAGC